AUACGAAGUAGACCAUAUAUAUGUUAGGAACGGCAAUAAGUGUAAAAACGUUAUAUAAAUGUGAAUCUUGACAUGAAAUUUACGUCGAGAAUGUUAUAAUUAAUCUUUUCAUUAGGAAAAAAAACUAAUGGUUUCUGUACACAUUGGGUGAUUAACAGAAUGCUGUAGCUAUGCUUUCUGUGGCUGGUGCAUCUUGGGUGGUCUGUUUCCUUGGUAAGUCUUUUAGACCAUGUUUCUUUCCGUUUUUCUUUUAAAUCUACAAAUUAAAAUUUAUUGGUGCAUUUGUAUAAAGCUAACUAUUUAUGUAAAAUUUGUGAAUGGAUUUUAAUAUUUAUAUACAAAACAGAAGGAUAUUGCUGGACAAGAACAGGGGAGAGACAAGCAGCAAGAAUGAGGGAGAGAUACUUGAAAGCAGUGUUGAGACAAGAUGUGGUUUACUUUGAUCUUCAUGUCACCAGCACUUCUGAUAUUACCAAAAGUGUUUUCAGUGACAGCCUCGUCAUGCAAGACGUCCUCAGCGAAAAGUUACCGAACUUUUUGAUGAGUGCAUCUGCAUUUGUCGCAAGCUACGUAGUGGCUUUCUGAUGCAGCAUCAUGAUAACUUCACCAUCAAGCAACGAUCAUCUAUAUUGGCUUUUUUAGGAUUUCCUUUUCUUACUUAAUGUUUAAUUUCCUUUUUAUUAGUUUUCCUAUUUCUACAAGGAUUAGGAGAUUUUAGCCGACUCUUGAGACUUAUAUAAGUCUUUGUACCUUUGCUUUUGAUACGCAGUUUUUGAAAGUUAUUAAUCAAGAGAUUUCUCUUAAGCCUUGUGUUGAUUCGAUUAAAUUCAUCAAUCCGAGAGCCUUGCAUUGAUUCGAUUCAAUUCAUCAAUACAAGAAGUCAGGUCUCUAGAGAUUUAAAACCUAAAUCCCUAGAUUUGAGCUGAGUUAUAAACCCUACGCUGCGCCAGGUUGGUAUCAGAGCCGAGCAACGAUUCCUAACGAUGGGCAAAGCUAAGAAAAAAUCCCUUCCCACUGAGGCAGAGUUAUUUGUGUGUCUUAAAAAAGAUAUACAACAGCUUAGCAAGGCGGUGCAGGAUUUUGUUAUCCAGGUUAAUUCUAAUCACGAAGAUGUUUUUGACAACUUUAGUGACGGCCAAGAAAUUUUUUCAGAGCAGAAAAUUGAUCCAAGCCAUGGUCUAUUCGAUGAAGACAACAUAAAAGGAGAUGAGUGCUAUUUUGUCGAUCAGAUUGGCGAUCCAAUAUUUGACGUGUACGGCGAAUACAAUGCUAUAUAUGCUGACCCAAUAUUUGAAGACGACUCGAAAAAAUAUUUCUGCAUUGGUCAGUUUGGUGAUGACGUGUUUGAUGCAGAAAAAAAUCCAGUUUUUGACGUGGUUGACGAAGACGAGGCAGAAGCUAUCCCAAUCUAUGACGUGUUUGAUGAAAACGAGACAAAAAAAGUCACGGAUAAAGAAAGGGAAGAUGAUAGCAAAAAUUUUAAUGACUCCGUUUACGCUCAAGAAACUCCAACGUUUUCUAAUACAGGUUUGGUGAAAAGCAAUGGUGUUACAUGUGACUUUAAUCUUAAGGAUAAAUCUCCUUCCUUUCAAACGAUGAUUCCCAAACAAGAACUUGUUCGUGUCUGUGAAGAGAGAGCUGGCAAGACUUGUAUGGAUUUACAAAAAAAAAAUAUGAAUUAUUGUGCAUGGAGAAAGAAUUUUCACCGACACAUCAAUCGCGAGCCACCUGAUCGUGUUCAACACAAAGGUCUUGAAGAUGAACAAGGGCAUACAAAAUUUCUGAAUGCAAAGAUCACUAAACUUGAAGAAGCUCUUUUGUUAGAGCAAGAGAAAAACCAGACUUUAGAGCGUGAGUUGAGUAAAACACGCAGGAAUAUAUGGAUGUUAAAUACGGGAUCCAAAACUUUAGACAAUAUUUUAAGUAUUGGUAGAACAGAGAAGACUACGACUGGUCUCGGUUAUCAAGGAGGUCCAUCAAGUUCACAAACUGUCUUUGUUCGAGCAAGUCGUCCGAGAGAAAUAGUACAUGUGAAGUCGGUAUGCCUUCCAUUCUUUGACAAGAGUGACAAUGAUUCAUAUAUUCAUAUGGAACAACAUAUGGAUUGUAUUCUAUGGAAAGACGAAAUACAUAGGCAAAUCAGUAAAGAGCCACCAGAUCGUGAUCAUAGUAAAGUUGUGGUUAUACACAAAGAAAACAAUGGUGAGCUUGUGGAAUGGCUGCUGUUCUGGAAGAAGUGGGUCAGUACAAAACGGAUAUACCUACACUAUAGAGAGGAAAAGACAUCAUCCUGUGAGAUUUUUGAGGGGUUAUUUGCAUGUCCAGUGAUGCAACGGAGGUGCGAUUUUGUUUUCCAACAAAUUGUUGUGGUCGCUCUUCAUGAGGAACAUAUUUCUGUUAGGAGCCCUAUACGUGAUUGUUGUAAUCAGCUUGGAGAAAAGAUGUUGCUUCUUAAAACUGAAGAUAUAAUGAUUGUAAUUGCUUCACCUCACGUGCUGGACGACAUAGAAUCAAAUCAUCAGGUGCUAUAUUUUGCUAGAUCAGCCUUGCACUUUGACGUGGAUGAAGCUGUUGUACAGCCACUGUUGUACAUGUGGUUGCAUAUUUCCCCCUGGAUCGUGACAAGAAACGCAUAUGUUAGCCCACGACAAAGAUGGAUCACUGUAUGGUUUUAUUCACAAAUGAAACCAGUUAUCAGUGUUACUUAUUUUGGUAUGCAGACCAUCUUAGGUGCCUUUACUUAUGUGGUAAUUUGUGAAGAUGGUAUGGAUGUUCUGCCACGACAUCAUCAUUUAUUUGAUAUAUCCAAGCGUGUAAAUUUUCUUGUACACAGAGGAAAGUCCAAAAGCUACAUCAAAGGGGAUACUCUCUUGAGUAGUUUGUCGACUUCUACGGGUAUUUCAGUGACCUGUAUCCAAGAAAAUUUUGUGGAAAAUCACUAUGCUAUUAAUGUCGUCUCUUCUCCACGAUGGUUAAUGUUUCCACUUGGCUCUUUCUUGGUUUACGUAUUCACUGGCGGAGAAGACUCUGUGCUUGUGUGGCCAUUAUUGGCUCAUACCAUGAUGUCUUACGAUAUUCUAGAAUUCCUUAUCACGGCAGAGGUUUCACAGAGUCUGGGAAAUAUGUGGAUCACGAGGAUUUUAAGUUUCUUACAUAUUCAUGUAUGGCCAUUACAGAUUAUGCUGGAGAGUUUGGAGACAUUUGUUUAUUGGAAAGUGCUUCAUUGUGGAGUUUCUAAGUUGAGAAUAUGGGAUGUUCAUCAUCCACAAAUGAAGUCGAAUGACAAAUCCACGACAGCAACAUGGGUGAGUUACAUUGCUUGCGUGUCAAGUAAGUACUUAUGGGAGGCCUACAGUUGUGUGUUAUGUGUUCGUGGUAGCAUUUUUUUUCUGUCACAGCCAUCUUGGACUGGUUUCUCUAUUCUAAUAUGGGUAAUGGGUAAAGAAGUAUUUCCUUGUCAAGAUCCAUGGAAUAAGGUGAUCAAGCUUUUGACGAGUUACGAUCUGUUUCAUGUUAAGCUUCGUGCACAUUUUCAACCAACACAUAUUGUUGUGUGUUCUCUUUUGAGGAUAGUGAUGAGUGAUCGAAAUACCAGCCAUGAAUUUGAUCAAGUCGAUACAUGUCGUAGAGGUAUUCUCAAGCAUGUCUUGAAUUCAUUGCGUCGUGUUGUUUGGGCAAUGCUUUUACAGCACUGGGCAGUGUUGUCUUCUACUUCUUGGGAACUCGAGUCAUCUUACGACGAGUACAUUGGUCAACAUGAACUCAGUUUUGUGUUCCGUUUGAAUGAUAUAAAGGGCAUAGUAUUGUGUUUCAUUGCACCACCUGCUGGCAUCUUUUCAUCUCUCGUUAUUGGUGAUCGGUGUAUCGUCCAUCCUCACCGAGAACGUGGGCUUUAUGCUUUUGCAGUUCAAGAAAAACUUUUUCACUACAACAGAAGAAAUGAGUUCCUGAAUUGGUGGUCAAUAGGCACUAACAUGACAGUGUGGUCUAUACCAAAUACGUGUCCAUCAGUUCCAUGGGCAUAUUUUCAAGUCAUCUCAUUACAAAUCAGGUGUGGAGUUUUCACGUUGGGAAUGGAAGCUAUUUGCAGUCUACAAAUGGGUUCAUAUUGCAGAUACACGGCAUUAAUUUGUUGGAGUAAUGUUUCUUGCGCUUCAGGCAACCUAUUUUGUUUUGUUUUGGUUCACGACUUAAUGUCUUUUCCUGAAUAUAUAUCCCUACGUUCGUGGAGAAGUGGCAUGAAUGAGUUUUUGGAGCAUGCCAGUGUGGGACUUAAACGUGGCGAUCAGUCUCUACGUCACAUGUCUAAGAAUAUUCUCCUCGACGUCAACAAAAUCAAUAGAUUAGAAAAAGAUGAUCACACUAUGCACGUGAUACUUACAGAGAAGAAUGAUAUCAAGAGAAAUUUGAAAAGGGAAAAUAUUACGAAGGAUAUGCUUUUCUUGGAGGUUCGGGAGCAGCAAUUUUCAUUUCGAUUCGUGGUCGAAUCUUUCGAACCCGGAGGGACCUGAUGCAGCAUCAUGAUAACUUCACCAUCAAGCAACGAUCAUCUAUAUUGGCUUUUUAGGAUUUCCUUUUCUUACUUAAUGUUUAAUUUCCUUUUUAUUAGUUUUCCUAUUUCUACAAGGAUUAGGAGAUUUUAGCCGACUCUUGAGACUUAUAUAAGUCUUUGUACCUUUGCUUUUGAUACGCAGUUUUUGAAAGUUAUUAAUCAAGAGAUUUCUCUUAAGCCUUGUGUUGAUUCGAUUAAAUUCAUCAAUCCGAGAGCCUUGCAUUGAUUCGAUUCAAUUCAUCAAUACAAGAAGUCAGGUCUCUAGAGAUUUAAAACCUAAAUCCCUAGAUUUGAGCUGAGUUAUAAACCCUACGCU